ACAUCUCUAGUGAAUAGUCUUUGUCUUAUCUCAAUGGAAAAGCCAUCAUCGUUCAUCCAGUUCAAAAGCCGCCAUUAAAAUGGCUUACCAUGAAAAACCUUUUUACCCACAAGGACAACUACAUUUUCACACUUUCCCACCAAGAAGUCGAUAACCAUGUCUACCACCACCAUCCUCCUCCUCUCCUUCCUCUUCUCCAUCCUCCUCUCAAACCUUCCACCAUCCUCAGCCCAACAACAACCGCUCACUCUCUCCUCCUUCAACAGCUCAAACUCCCCAUGGCUCCCAACCCAGAACCGAACCCUUCUCUCUCCCAACUCAGUCUUCGCCGCCGGUUUCAAAGAAAUUCCCACUUCCCCAAAGCACUACACCUUCUCAAUUUGGUACCACAACCUCUCAAUAAACGAGAUCGUCUGGUCAACCAAUGAAAAUACUCCAUUCAACGCCUCAGCCCCCCUAUUCAUCACCACCUCUGGCAAUCUUACUCUCAAUGACAUCUCUGGCCACAACGUUUGGCCUUCGAGUGCCUCAGGAAAUCCAAACUCCACCAGUCUCAGCAUAAACAACGAUGGUAAUCUCAUUUUCUCAACCUGGCAAAGUUUCAACUUUCCAACAGAUACUAUUUUGCCUACCCAGAACAUAAGUGGUACACAAAUCAUUUCCAAGAAUGGUAAGUACAGUUUCUCGAACUCCACGAGAUUGGUUUUGAUUAGUUCCACCGACAGUUACUGGGUUGCAGGAAAAGCUUUCCAAUCGCUCGACAAGUUCGGUAGAAUGGCACAAGACAGUGCAGGUGCUUUCAUUACAUCAGAUUUUGGUGCCAUCCGGUAUCGAAGAUUGAAGCUUGACAACGAUGGUAAUCUCAAAAUUUACAGUUUCGAUACAGAUCUUGGUCAGUGGAUCAUCGUUUGGAAAGCAGUCCAAGAAUCCUGUACAAUUUUCGGCACAUGUGGGCCUAAUGCUAUCUGUAUCAGCGAUGGCUCAAAUUCCAGUACCAGUUGUGUAUGCCCACCUGGGUUCAAGCCAAAUAGAACCGCAAUAGAAGGAUGUGAAAUCAAAAUUCCGAUGACAAAUCCGGAAAAUACCAAAUUUCUUCAGCUUGAUUACAUCAAUUAUACCAGCGGGCCAAGUCAGACCAAACGGAUUGAUGCUUAUAAUUUCACGUUUUGUCAAGCUAGCUGCAAAAGAGAACCGAAUUGUCGAGGGUUUGGAUUCAAGUAUGAUGGAAAAGGCUAUUGUGCUCUUCAGCUUGAAAAACUAGUAUAUGGGUACUGGUCACCAGGCACUGAGGCUGCAAUGUUUUUGCGUGUGGACAGUUCAGAGAAAGAUGUAUCAAACUUCAGCGGCAUGACACAGUUGUUGGAAACUACAUGCCCUGUUAAGAUAAGCCUGCCUUUACCGCCAGAAGAAUCCAACACUACAACCAGAAACAUAGCGAUAGUGUGUACCCUCUUCGCUGCUGAGCUGAUUUCAGGGGUGAUUUUCUUUUGGGGUUUUCUAAAGAGGUACAUAAAGUACAGAGAAAUGGCUCAGACUCUUAGCCUUGAGUUGCUUCCAGCAGGUGGACCUAAAAGAUUCACAUACGCUGAGCUCAAAGCUGCCACUGGUGACUUCUCGAACUUAAUUGGUAGAGGAGGAUUCGGCGAUGUCUAUAAAGGCGAGUUAACUGAUCAUCGUGUUGUUGCGGUUAAGGUGUUGAAACAUGUUACAGGUGGUGAUGCUGAGUUCUGGGCUGAGGUUACUAUUAUUGCAAGGAUGCACCAUCUCAACUUGGUGAGGCUAUGGGGUUUUUGUGCUGAGAAAGGUAAAAGAAUACUUGUCUAUGAGUAUGUCCCUAAUGGAUCACUUGACAAGUACAUAUUCAGUCAGGGUAAGGUUAAAUUUUCAGAGUCAGAGAGCGAGAUGGUAAUGAGUCCUCCUCCAACCCCAGUACUUGAUUGGAAUAUCCGGUACAGGAUUGGGCUUGGUGUGGCAAGAGCAAUUGCGUAUUUACAUGAGGAGUGCUUGGAGUGGGUUUUACAUUGUGAUAUUAAGCCCGAAAAUAUAUUAUUGGGGGGUGAUUUUUGUCCCAAGAUAUCGGAUUUUGGGUUGGCAAAGUUGAGGAAAAAGGAGGAGAGAGUGAGCAUGUCUCGGAUUCGGGGAACCCGUGGAUACAUGGCUCCAGAAUGGGUUGGAGGAGAUCCGAUCACUUCAAAGGCCGACGUGUACAGUUUCGGGAUGGUGUUGUUGGAACUUGUGACUGGGACAAGGAAUUUUGAAAUGCAGGGGUCUGUGAUGGAGAGUGAGGAUUGGUAUUUUCCAAGGUGGGCAUUUGAUAAGGUGUUCAAGGAGUUUAGGGUGGAGGACAUAUUGGACAGUCAGAUUAAGCAUAGUUAUGAUAAUCGGGCACAUUUUAAUUUGGUAGAUCGUAUGGUGAAGACGGCAAUGUGGUGCCUUCAAGAUCAACCGGAGAUGAGGCCAUCAAUGGGGAAGGUUGCUAAGAUGUUGGAAGGGACGGUGGAGAUCACAGAACCAAAUAAGCCUACCAUAUUCUUCCUAGAAGACGAGUAGACAUGUAAUGUAGGCAAGCGUGUAAUAUGCUAAUAUUUAUUUUCCCUUCUCCUCAGUUUUUGAUGGUUCAUCUAGCAGUGAAAUGUAAAUGUAUUCCAUAUGAACUAGCGACAAUAAAAAACGAUUUAAAUA